CCGGUUACCAGGAAAAUAACUACGAUUGUGAUCACAGCCAAAAUUAUUCAAAUUAAGAAUCCCUGUAAAUAUUUACAAAAAAUUUUUGUACAGUUUAAUUAAGAUUUCUCUAAUAUGCUUGCAUCUUUAAGGAUAUUUAAUAGAUUAAGAUUAUUUCAAUCCAGUCGAUUCCUUUCGCAUGCUCAACCUGCAAAUAAUGAUUUAGGUUUUAAAACAAGCUACGAUAAUGAUCAAACGAGUAGAAUACUCAAAAUAGUCAAUACAUCUUCCGUACUUGAGCUUAAAAAUUAUCAAAUAUCACACCAAAGGAUCCAGCGAAUUCUUAAAAGGCGAGAAGCAAAAGGACAUUUUGAGUCAAUUGAGGAUCUACUGGAAGUUGAUGGUUUUGGAAUUAAGAUUUUAGAGAAAUUUUGUAAUAGUAUAAUUAAUUCAAAGCCUGAAGAAAAUUCAGAAGGCAUAGACAACGAUACAUUACUCAAGCCUCAGCCUGAAUCCACAAAACGACCACAAUUCUUGACACCAGCUUUAUUGGAAGUUAUAAGGAGCAAAGUCAAUACAGUUGUCUCUUUUCACAUUGACUUGAAUUACUUUGCCUGGACAAAGUUCUAUUAUGAUCGACAAGCCAAUGAGGAACUUGAGGAACCGAAAUAUUUUAUCGACGGCUGGAACUGCUAUGAAUUUGCUAAGCAAGAGAAGAACUUGCGACUUACUGACUUAAUUGAAUUGCUAGUAAAAUUUAAUGAUCGUAUACCUGAAGCUGAUGUUUAUACAAUUGAAUCCUUACCUGUUGCUGUUCAGGCGAAACAGCCAGGAAGUGCAUUACAAGUCAACAUAAAUAUCCAAAAAACACAAUUAACAGCAAUGCUUAGCAUUUUAAUGGCUUCAAGACGUUCUGUGAACAAAAUGUUGGCCAGUGAUGAUUGCAAGGAACUAAAUUUAGAUACAUCCAAUGUACAGGAAACACCGUACAUUGAUUCUGUGUACUUUUUAAGGAACUUCCUCCCAUCAAGAUUUUACAAGAUUCUAAUCGGAAAUGAACGAGUUUCAGCAGCUAACGUUAUCAAUGAGAUUAUUACGUACAAUUAUACAGUCCAUAAUAAAUUUGAUCCAACGUUUGCUUCCGUCAAUAUUCCUGAGGAAUAUCGAGAGUUUUGGAAGAACUCAAACAGGAUCCAUCAAGAGUAUCUCGGCAGUUCUAUGCUUGCUGGUCUUACUUUUCUUAAAUUAUGCAUCGAUCGAUGUCCUGGAUCUUUGGAGAGAUUAAAUUCUAGAGUUAAGAAAAAUUAAUUAAGUUAAAUUAUGUCAAUAAGCUUUGAAAAAUUCAUUUUUGUAAGAAUAAAUUAAAAUGGAAAGUUCAAAAAUCAAUUCUUUCGACUUUUUCGAUAAAGAAUAUACACAGAAAUUGAAAGAAUCAUUGCAGGAUGAAGAGAAGCGACUGGGAAAUUUAGAGAAGGCAAGAGUCGAGCUUGUAAAGGAACUAGAAAAGCUGGAAAAAGAAAUUCUUAAAGAGAAAAAGAAAUAUAGAAAUUUGAUUGAUAAUAAAUUGACAAAGGAGAUUGAAAGCAUCAUAAGCAAGUAUCCAGAAGAGCCACAAAAUGAUAUUAAGGCAUGCACGUCAACUCAUCAAAUGAAAAUCGAAACUAUCGACUUGGAACUUUCAACACAUUUAAAUGGUAUGCAUUUUGACGAGUUUCAAGCUCCAAAUUUCCCAGAUAUCCCGAAAAUGUCAAAAGAACAAUACAUGAACUCGAUAAAGACAUUUCUAUCUGCAAAAGGAACUAAAAAUUCACAGUAAAUCGAACAUAAAUGAAUUGUUUUAAAAAUGCUCUAUUUCA